CUCCGUUCCUCAACAACUUCCACCACAUACUCUCUAACAGACAACGAGUCAGAACUAGCCUCGGAAGAGACUUUCGAAAGCUCUUUACACAAUGCUACACUGACAGGAGACGAAAUGUCAAAUGGCGGCAAGUCCGGAAAAUCGUCGAGUUCCUUCCACUUCGUUGCUGGACUUGGAUCUGGCGUACUUUCCGCGGUGCUUCUCCAACCUGCCGACCUCCUCAAAACAAGAGUUCAGCAGUCCGGACACAGCUCGCUGCUAGCCUCGAUCCGCGAAAUCUCGAAGUCCUCCACCUCCAUCCUCUCUUUCUGGCGCGGCACACUGCCAUCCGCUCUACGGACCGGAUUUGGCUCUGCGAUCUACUUUACGACCUUGAACGCUCUACGACAGAAUGUCGCCCGCUCGAAUAUCCUCCGCACUCUCGGGGCUACCGACAAAAAUGGCGUUCCAAGCCACUCCUCCGCUCUCCCUAAGCUCUCGAAUCUUGCAAACCUGACAACAGGCGCCAUAGCCAGGGCCGGGGCAGGACUCAUACUGAUGCCCAUGACGAUCAUUAAGGUUCGAUACGAGUCAAAUCUCUACUCAUAUAAGUCGAUUCUCGGUGCUGGCAGAGACAUUGUGAGGACCGAGGGCCUGAGAGGAUUCUUCUCUGGAUUUGGAGCUACCGCCAUAAGGGACGCGCCGUACGCGGGACUUUACGUUCUGUUCUACGAGCAAUCGAAGAAGAGGCUGAGUUUGUUGGCCCAGAAAGUGCCCGUCCAUGGAGAACUGGCAGCCAGCAUGAAAGGAUCUACCUCGGCAUCUAUCAACUUCGGCUCUGGCGUGUUGGCUGCCGGCCUUGCCACAGCCAUUACGAACCCAUUCGAUGCUAUCAAAACGAGAAUACAACUGGAGCCGAAGAAAUACCACAAUAUGUUACAUGCGGGAAAAAGGAUAAUACGCGAAGACGGCUUCAAGGCUCUCUUCGAUGGCUUGGGGUUAAGAAUGGGUCGCAAGGCUAUCAGCUCAGCCUUGGCUUGGACGGUAUAUGAAGAGCUCAUUAGACGUGCUGAGCUAGCGUGGAAGCACACGCAUGGCGAAGGUGCAUUGUAACAUCAUCACUUUGUAUCAAUGAAACGCGAAGAUACCACUCUACCAAGCAGAAGAAUCCCACAAACCUUACAGGGAAGGGUUAGGACCAAGAAUCACUUUCUCUCGGC